UUUCGCGUAUCUCCUCCCCAUUUUUUAAUAUCAUUAACUCUUACCAACAGAAUAUCUUUCUCACCUCCCUCAAAUCUAUAUAUAUUUCUUCCCUGCACUUUUCUUCACAUUUCCAUUUUGACUAACCCAAACAAUAACUACUCUCUCUAAAAAAUGUCUUCCCCUUCAUCCUCCUCAUCAUCCUCUUCUUCAUCAGAUGAACCAAAGUUCCAUGUUCUAGCGGUUGAUGAUAGCAUCAUUGACAGAAAGCUCAUCGAAAGGCUCCUCAAAACCUGCUCUUAUCAAGUGACAGUGGUUGAAUCUGGAAUAAAAGCGAUGGAGUUUCUCGGAGAGCAGAUAGAGGAAGUGAAUUUGAUAAUAACAGAUUACAGCAUGCCUGGAAUGACAGGGUACGAGUUGUUGAGGAAGGUGAAGGGCUGUUCAUCGCUGAAGGACAUUCCGGUGGUGAUUAUGUCGUCGGAGGAUCUUCCUUCCCGGAUCGACAGGUGUCUGGAGGACGGCGCGGAGGAGUUCUUCGUCAAGCCCGUCCGCCAAUCUGACGUUAACCGGCUCAGAUCUCAUCUAUUGCGGCCUAAAUCUGCACCGGCAUCUCCUCCUCCUUCUCCGACUUCAUUGAUCAGCCGGAAAAGAAAAGCGGCCGCCGUCGCCGGCGUGGAAGAGCAUUAUGGCUUUUCAUCACCGUCCCCAGCAUUGAAGAUGAGCAGAAUAUGAGUGCGGUGGGUUAGAUUUUGUGGGCCAUUCAAAUCCAGCAGAAAGGAAUGGGUGGACGAAUUGGGUUCAUCUGACAUGUGGUGGGCCGGGCCGGUCUCAAGAUAAUCAGAAAUCACGAGAUGCUUAAGAAUCAAAAUCGUCUAUGAACAGCCCACCUAAGUCAUUAUAUAGAUUUAUAAUUCUGGAUUUUUUAAAUUAUGGAUUGAGUUAUACCUAAUUACAUGUGUAUGAUGCUUUAGACUUGGAAUACUUUCUGAAAUGAUUUUUAGGGAAUGUAGUUAAAUUAAUACGGAGUACUUUGUAUUGGAUCGUAAAUUAAUGAACCAAUCAGCUUCCUAAUUAUAUGCGUAUUCGAUCAUGUUUAUAGCAUCAUCC